CUGCCUGCCGUCCAGGGCCAAGAGUGCCGCCCACACCCUCAGUGCCUUGCUGGGCCGCCACUGCCCCCCCUGCUGGACCCCACCCUGCAGCCAUCACCAAGCCUUCAAGAGACACUGCUGAGCCUGGUGUACGUCCAGCGGGCACACUGGCGCUGCUUCCACUACCAGGGGUCCUUCAGCCAGUAGGAGGUGUGGGGCGAGGCUGACCCCAGGACCUUCACCCCGAGCCUCUUCUUCCAAGGCCUCGUAGAUGUUCGUCCCUUACGCUUCCAGACCAGACACACCAUGCAUGCAGCUCCUCACACCACAGACGCAGCAGCUCAGGGAGAGGAUUGAUAAGAAACUGCUGCAGCUGAGGAAAGAAGCCUCGGUGGCCCAGGGGGAGGAGGUGGAGCUCACACACAGCCAGGAACACAUGGCCUUCAUGUUCAGCCUCCAGGCCCAGGGGGAGGAGGAGCUGCAGACCCUUCAGGAGAACUACAAGUCUGUCUACCUCCACCCCGCCACCUACGCCUGUGCCCUGCUCUCGGCCGGCUCACUGCUGCGGGUCGUGGACGAGGUGUUUGCAGGCCGAGACAGGGCCGGCGUGGGCAUCAUCCGUUCCCCGGCAACCACGCCAAGCCAGACCGCCCCCACGGCCUCUGCUUCUACAACAACGUGGCCGUCGCCGCCAACAGGGUGGGAUGCCAAGGUGGGCGCUACUUGUUUGGCUUUAAAUUCAUGA